ACGACCUUGAUAGAAAUUACGCAUGCGCAAAUGUGUAAAUGGAGAAAUAUCUGUUCGGUUUGAUCAUAGAAGGUUAUUGCACUGUUCCGCCAUUUGGCUGUAUUAUCUAGUCAGAGGAUCAUACUGCAUCCAUCUUCAGGGCUGAAUUAAAGGACAGAAGUCCCCCUGACUAUGCUGCCCUUCCUGACUAUGUGUACAGAUAGUGCACCAGAGACAUUGUUAGAAUUAUGCUUGAAGUAUGUGGUUAAUCAUCUUGAUACCAUAUGUUCAGUUGAUCCCUUUACAAAGGAUUAUAAGUUGAGAGAUGGUCUUGCUCUUCCUAGUGAAAUAUGUGAAAAUAUACUACAAGUCUACCAGCAGAGUGGCCAUAUCUUAGAUGACAGAUUUGUAAACAUUUUUCAAAACCCACAUACCACAAGACUUCAGAGAGUCCGUUUAAGAAACUCUAGCAUUACAGAUGAUGGUCUGUGUGUGCUUUUAAAGCAGAAGUUAAUAGAACUGGAUAUUGAUAACUGUUCCAACAUAACAGAAGGUUCAUUGGUGCACAUUAAUGAAGGUGGCAGCAGUUUACGAUCACUGAUUGUUGGAUCAUCAGUUAAUCUGCUUCCUGACACACUGUUUCUGGAGAACUCACAAAUGCAGGAAAGAAACAGUGUUAGUGUUUACCAGAAACAAGGAUACAUCUUACAUACUCCAAAUUUACGACGUCUGGCUGUGAGAAAUGUUAUUGUAGAUGGAGAGAAGAUGUAUUUCCCAUUGCUCUUGCACCCACUGCACAGUUUGAUGUACCUCGAUUUGUCAGGAUGUUCUGAUCUAGGAGAUCUUUCAUACUUGUGUGAGCUAAAAAGCCUCAUCUCUCUAAUUCUGUAUAAUGUUCAGCGGCUUCAAGAUGCAAUUGGUUCUCUUUGUAAGCUAGUGAAUCUGAGGCAUCUGGAUAUCUCACAGUCAAAGGAGAAACAUGGAACUUUUAGGAACGAGAAUCAGACAUUAGCAAUGCUUGUUGAGAGCCUGCCUCAUCUCACAUCGUUGGAUAUUUCUGGAACCAACUUAGCAGGAACAGGUGUUGCAGAGCACAAUCCAGCCUCAAAAAAUCAAGGCGUAUCAGUGCCUCAGACAGAUAUUCCAGGCCUCAGUUCUAGAGUUCUCAAUCCAUUUGAGUUUUUGGGGCUGUAUGGAACUUAUCAUGAAGCUUGCCAUCGACAUGAUAUACCAGCAAAAAAGGUCGCUGGUGAUGCAAAUGAAAACCAGAUAUUGGUGGCAGCUCUGGCUUAUAUCGAGCGACCAGAUAUUCUUCAGAAGGUUCUCAAUGACCUGUAUCAUUUGUUAAGAUAUGAGACGUUUCAAAAUACCAGUUAUGCAUUGCACAUCAUCUUGGAAGCAAUGGAUCAACAUCUCACAGAGAAACACAUCCAGAUUUCGGGAAGUGCUACUUUAUUCUACAUAGUGAAGAGCAAGGAGAAACAUGUGUUUGGAGUAAGAGAAAAACGAAGACUGAUUUGCACAUUAAUAAAUGGGAUGAGUGCGCAUAGAGGUGAAGACACAAUGAUGAGGAAUGGCUGCCUUACACUGUUCCAAUUCAAGAUUCCUGAUGAUGUGCUGUUCGACUACGAGCGACUUGUGCACAUCCUGCUGCAUAUAGUGUCAGAGAUGGAGCAAGGAGGAUUUGUGCAGAGGAUUGGAAUUUACCUCCUCAACUCACUAGCCUGCCAGGUGGAUGGACUCCAGAAACAGAUGCUGGGUGAUCUUGGAGCUAUCAAUCAAAUGUUGACUCUUAUUGAGAAUCGACUAGAAAGGAAAGUUUUUGAUGAUGCAUUGGAAGUUGCAUGGUCAACAAUGUGGAAUGUGACAGACGAAACAGCAGUCAACUGCCAGAGAUUUCUGGAUGGCAGAGGCAUGGAAUUGUUUCUUGGGUGCUUAAGUACAUUUCCUCACAAGGAAGAACUGCUUCGUAAUAUGAUGGGACUGCUGGGAAAUGUGGCUGAAGUUCGACUGUUGAGGCAGCGUCUGAUGACGAGCCAGUUUGUGUCAGUAUUUGCUGACCUUUUGGAUACCGGCAGUGAAGGAAUUGAGAUUAGUUACAAUGCAGCUGGAGUUCUGUCCCACAUGGCAUCUGAUGGACCUGCAGUUUGGACGCUGAAAUCUCCAAGACGUGAAGAUGUAUUGCACAGAAUGGUGGCUGCUAUAGAUCGUUGGGACCUUGAAACAGAAAGAAAUAUUAAUUACAGGUCAUUUGAACCAAUUUUGAACCUGUCAAAGGUUUAUCACACACCUGAAUGUCAGCAUUGGGCUGUUUGGGCACUAGCAAAUCUUACUAAAGUUUACCCAAAGAGAUACUGCUCCCUGGUAGAGUCAGAAGGAGGGAUACACAUUCUAGAGGAAAUUAUAUGUAAUGAAAAACCAUAUGCUCGUAUCAAAGAGCUUGCUGCCAUGGUCAUAAUGAACUGCAAGGAGUUCAAGGAGUCAGAUGCACCUCUCAGUGGCUGAGCUUUUUAAUAACAGCAAGUUUUCUAGAAUAGUGAUUCUCAAACUAUGUGGAAUACACAGCAUACAUUUAUGCAUUUUAAAUGAUAGGACUCGGAUAUUCAGAGUUCAGGAAUGCGUGAUAAGAAGGUGUUUGGCUAUCAGAUUGUGUGCUUGGGAAUCACUUUCUAGAGAAAAUGUGCAUGACUUGUUUUUGUAUAAAUUGUACAUUUAAGUUGUAGCUCUUUCUUGUUUUGAUUCAUACCAUAACUUCAGUUUCUUGUGUUGCUAUAUAAAUCAUAUGUGAAGGACAAAGGUUUUGCAUUCUUAUUAACUGUCUUAUUUAUAAAAUGUGAAGAGUAUAUUGUUCUUUGUUGGCAAUCUACAUUAAAAAAUGCCAUCAUAGAACUUUAUCGUAUUAAGGCCGUGUUGUACCUGUCUUGUCAGUAAAUUUGUAACUUUUGGUGAUAAUGCAACUAAACUUCAUAAUUUGUUUAAUACCCAAAUUUUCUAAUGUGGAUAGGAAUUACAAAAUGCUUAUAUUUUUCUUGAUGAAAUGUGAAGUGAUAUUUCUAUAUUAAAAAUGUGUGAAACGUAGUUAAACACCUUUAGGAUCAACCAGAAUUCUGUUAAUGUAAAUUAAAUACAAUAUUUGUGUAUACUAGUGAUUUUGAGAAUUAGUAUUUAUAUAAUAUAAUGUAACACAGAACUGCUUUUGAACUUAUCUAUGAAGUAUAUAGCAGUGUUUUUAAAAAGGUUACUACCUUUAAUGUUGGUAAAUUAAAAAAUAUUGCAGUAAAAUGUUGAUUAAGUGUGCAUAUGGUGACAUAUUAUCAUAAAUUGCAGCAGGUUUUGAAAAUGUGUUCAUUGUAGUUUCUUUUAAAUGUUCACUUCUGGCAUACAGUUUGCAUGACUUUGUUUUUACUUAUUGUGGUAUGAAAAUGAUCUUUCAGUUUAAAUGAGUCAUGGUCUUAUAUUUUAGCCUUCCUUUACAAAAUUUAUUUGUACCUCUUUUCCCAUGCCAGGAUGCAGCCCCUAAGAUUAAUUCAUCUUAGAAUUGUUUUUGAUAUAUAUAACUAUAUUUUAAGUAAUGAAAAUAUUAUGCGCACUAAUACAUGUUUAAUUUCACAUUUUAUCUUGAUUCUGAGAAUAAUUAACUCUUGUAAUACAGAAAUAAGGGACUUAAAUCCGCAUACUAUAAUGUUGCAUGAUGGACAUUUUUUGCGAUGCAUGGCUGACUAGACUGUGUGUAUGCUGUGCUACAUGCAGUGGCGGCCCAUCCAUAAGAGCUGCAGCACCCCCUAUAAUUUUUCAAAUUUUUUUUUUUUUUGUAUUUAUAUAAUUUUUAACAUUUUAUUU